AUGUCUAAUUCUAUUAGAAAUUCUGUUUCAAAUGUGGAAGAUGACAGUAUGACACAAGAUUGGGUAGUGGUCAAUAAAUGCACAAACUUUUAUGCAGCAAUCUUAAUUGAUCAAAUACCAAGUAAAAAUAAUGCUAAUAAAAAGAAAAUUGUUGAAAAAUUUUUGAUUAACUUUAAAGGGUUUGUGGGUCUCUAUAUUAUCAGAUUUGGUAAACAAAGGAAAUUUGUUGCUAACUUUGAUAAUGAAGAGGAGGAUCUUAACAAACUUGUUGUCACAGAUUUACCUGAUUCAAAAGGUGCUGUUCGCACAAUGUAA